AUGGGAGUGAAAGGACACUCCAUCUUCGCAAAACUGUUGUAUCCAUUUGAUCUGAUUCGAUCGUUUGCAAUUGAUUGGAUGCAUUGUGUUUGUCUCGGAGUUGUUAAGUAUAUUAUGCGGCUACAAAUGUCAGAUGGAAACAGAGACAAACCUUUUUAUCUAGGAGCAAAGAAAGCAUCCAUCUCACGCCAACUUCUAUCGAUUAAGCCGCCAGACAUUGUUGGAAGAUUGCCCAGAUCAGUAGAAGAUCUGAAACACUGGAAGGCGACAGUACUGAAGAACUGGCUAUUGCACUAUUCAGUGGCAGUUUUAAGAAACAAAUUAAAUGCACUGCAUGCUUUUCACUGGUCUUUGCUUGUAGGUGCAAUAGGAAUUUUGUGUUCCGACUCAAUAUCCCACGAAGAUCUGAGACAUGCUGACAGUAUGCUUCAGGAUUUUGUUCUUUUAAUGGGAAUAUUAUAUGGGCCAAUGCAAUGUACAAUGAACAUCCACCUUUUGCAACACCUUGCUUAUUACGUGUCA